CCCGGGCAUAGCUUUUACCCUUGUUACAUACAUCAAAGAUGGGAAUUAUCUCAGUAUGGAACACAUACUACAGCUUAGCCGUUUUGUCUUAACUGUGAUCAGAGCAGCGGCGAUCUUUUUGUACCUGCUAGCCUAUAUCUUCCCAUGUAACACAUCACAAGGUGAGUCUCUCCUAGUGAACAGAGAUGAUGUCGCACCUCUCAUCGUUCCGGAGGUUGGUACAGAAGAAGUAGUAGCCGAAGAUGGAGCCAGUUGCAUAUCCAGACUGUUGUAUCUUUGGUUAAAUGUUCAGUUACGGCAAGGCCAAUGUGGGGAAAUAGAGAGACCAAGUGAUAUUUUACAACUGCCAAAAAGAUUACGAACCAAAGCUGUUACGCAGCACUUUAGUCGGUGUUGGGCAGAGUGUCUGAGUAGCACAGGGUCAAGAGCAUCUGGGAACCAGCAGGAUGGUUUGUACAGCCAGAUUCAGCCUGAGGAACUCUCUGAGGAAAGGAACCAACAAGAAGUAAAGCUCUUCAGGGUACUACAUAAGGCUUUUGGUCGGCGCUACUACCUACUGGGUGUACUCAAACUCUUUGCCAGUUUGUUAGCCUUUGCAGGACCGUUGCUUCUUAGCUGGUUAGUGGGUUUCAUGGAGAAUGAGGGGGCACCACUUAGCACAGGUAUAUGGUGUGCUGUGGGACUCUUUUCAAUCACUUUCCUGGCAGCAUUCCUGCGCAACCUGUUUGGGUUCGAAGUCUCCAAGGUGGCACUGGAGGCUCGUGCUGCAGUCGUAUCCACUAUUUAUGCUAAAGCUCUGCGAGUCAGUGGUUCGGCUUUGGCACGAUUUAAUACUGGUGAAGUGGUCAACUUCAUGAGCACAGAUACAGACAGAUUGGUAAAUUUCUUCAACAGCUUCCAUGACGUCUGGUGUCUUCCUUUCCAGUUUGCCCUUGCGCUCUACCUUCUCUACCUGCAGGUGGGCAUUGCUUUUCUGGGAGGACUGGCUGUUGCAAUUCUGCUAGUGCCUCUUAAUAAAGUACUGGCAGCCCGGAUUCUGGAGAACAAUAAACACAUGCUCUCUCACAAAGACAGCAGAGUGAAGCUAAUGACAGAAGUCCUGUUUGGAAUCCGAGUUCUGAAGUUCUACAAUUGGGAGCAGCACAUUGCAGAGAAGAUAAAUCAAAGCCGCAAAAAAGAGCUGAGUCACCUGAAGAUAUUAAAGUACCUGGAUGCAGUGUGUGUGUACACCUGGGCUGCUCUUCCUGUAGUUAUCUCCAUCCUUACCUUCAUCACUUAUGUGUUACUGGGAAACACUCUUACUGCAGCUAAGGUUUUCACUACCCUGGCUUUGGUAGGCAUGCUCAUUCUGCCACUCAAUGCUUUUCCCUGGGUUUUAAAUGGCACUUUGGAGGCUAAAGUAUCUCUGGAUCGGAUUCAGCACUUUCUGCGUCUGCGUGAUCAAGACUUCAGUGCAUACUACAGCCAAGUGUCUCCUGAAGACCCUCUAAGUGCCAUUCAGCUGACCCAAGCAAGCUUCUCCUGGAAAAGACCAGAUGAUCCACGGCCUGAAUCAGAGGCAGGGGACACAUCUCCUUCAGGAAGUCUGUAUCUUCAGAACCUUAAUUUAAGUGUCAAAAAGGGCUCUCUGGUUGUUGUGGUUGGAAAGGUUGGGUGUGGAAAAAGCUCACUAUUAGCUGCUAUGAUUGGAGAGCUAAACAGAUGUGGAGGUGCAGUGCAUGUUCAGGGCAGAGAGCAGGGCUUUGGUCUGGCUAUGCAGGAGCCUUGGAUCCAGCAUGCAACAGUGCGAGACAACAUCCUGUUUGGAAAGGACUUUGACAGUGGCUUUUAUCAGACGGUGCUUGAGGCCUGUGCCCUCACUGAUGAUCUUAAUAUUUUGCCUCAUGGGGAUCAGACAGAGGUAGGAGAAAAUGGAGUAACACUCAGUGGAGGCCAGAAGAGUCGACUUGCUCUUGCCCGAGCUGUUUAUAUGGACAAGGACAUCUAUCUGCUAGAUGACCCGCUGGCAGCAGUCGAUGCUGAUGUGGCUCACCAUCUAAUGGAGAAAUGCAUUCUGGGAAUUCUUAGGAACAAGACCAGAAUUUUGUGUACUCAUCGAGUAGAGUUUGUAAAGAAGGCUGAUAUGGUGGUACUGAUGGACAGUGGGACAGUAGUGAAAACUGGAACACCGAGUGAAGUUUUGUCUCUGGUGAAAGAUGUACCUAAGGAUAGCAAAAACAAGAGCAACAUGAAGGAAAAGGGUGCUGCUAAUGAAGAAGAAGAAGAAGAACAGACCAAUGUGCUAAUCUCAAAUGAGGUACUAACCAGCAUGACAGAAGAGCAGAAACAAAUGGGUGGGCUUGCAUGGACAGUCUAUCAGUCGUAUUGGAGAGCCGUGGGUGGCUGCAUGGCUGCGUCUGUUCUUUUCUCCUUAUUUCUCAUGCAAGGAUCUAAGAAUGUAUCUGAUUGGUGGCUGUCUCACUGGAUCUCCAACUUGAAGGAUAACAGAUCUGAGUUGGCUUCUCUGACAGCCGGCCCUCUCUCAGCCUUGGUUCUCCUCUCUCCUCACAGACUUGUGUUUCCUGUACAAGUCAGAGACUCCAAUUCAUUUGGCAACAUGAGCUCAGAGCUGAAGUUCUACAUGACUGUGUAUGGUUCUCUGGCUGCAGCCAAUACAUUCUUUACUGCUGCUCGUGCCUUCCUCUUUGCUUACGGAGCGAUCCAUGCUGCCACUGUCAUCCAUAAAAGACUGCUUAAUAAUGUGCUGAAGGCGACAAUGACGUUUUUUGACACCACACCCCUGGGUCGACUCUUAAAUCGUUUCUCUUCUGACAUCUACAGCAUAGAUGACUCACUACCAUUUGUCUUAAACAUUCUAUUAGCAAAUGUUUUUGGGUUGUUAGGCAUGUUAGUGGUUAUGAGCUACGGGCUGCCUUGGGUGUUACUCCCUCUGGUUCCACUAGGGGUGCUGUAUUACCAAACACAGCGUUUUUAUCGCCACUCGUCUCGUGAACUAAAACGCCUGUGCAGUCUCACACUUUCUCCCAUCUAUUCACACUUCUCAGAGACACUCAGUGGCCUGGCAACAGUGCGAGCCAGUGGGCACACUGCCAGGUUUGAGGAGGAGAAUGAGCGGCGACUGGAUCAGAACCUGCGCUGUGUGUUUAUCAGCAAUGCUGCUAUGCAGUGGCUGGACAUUAGACUGCAGAUGAUUGGCGUUACUGUAGUGACUGGCAUUAGUGUAAUUGCUGUGAUCCAGCACCAGAUCCGAUCAGUGGAUCCAGGUAUGGUAGGUCUGGCGCUGUCGUACGCUUUGUCCAUCACUAACCUGCUGUCAGGACUGAUCUUCAGCUUUGUUCAGACUGAGAUGCAGCUGGUGAGCGUUGAGCGGACUGAAGAGUAUUCCACCUGCAUUCCCCUGGAACCACAGGAUGGCAAAACAGAGGUUUCAGCAACCUGGCCAGAACAUGGACGAGUGGAGUUUGACGGAGCUGUGCUGGCGUACCGGCCUGGCUUGCCAAAUGCUCUGGAUGGUGUGAGCUUGGUGGUAAUGCCAGAACUGAAUCAUGGUCGAAUACUGCUUGAUGGAAAGGACAUCAGUGAAGUUAGGCUCUCUCAACUUAGGUCCAAACUGGCCAUAAUUCCCCAGGAUCCAUUUUUGUUCUCCAGCUCAGUAAGAGAAAAUCUUGACCCCUGUUGUCUUCACCUUGAUCAUCAGCUACUAGAUGCCCUGAAUCAGUGCCACUUGGGAGAUGUAGUCCAACGAAUUGGAGGCUUGGAUGCUGCAGUAGGAGAGAGAGGAAAGUGUCUCUCGGUUGGUCAGAGGCAGCUACUGUGUCUUGCUCGGGCUCUUCUGACUGAAGCAAACGUUUUAUGCAUCGAUGAAGCCACAGCUAGUGUAGAUCACAAAACUGACAUGCUUCUACAGAAAACCAUCCGGGAAAGAUUUAAGGGUAGAACUGUCCUCACCAUCGCCCACAGACUCAACACUAUUAUGGACUCUGACAGAAUACUGGUGAUGCAUGCUGGUAAAGUGGUGGAGUUCGACAGUCCUGCCACACUGUGCCAAAGACAGGACUCGGUCUUUCAAAAACUUUUAAAUGGAAGAGGAGAAUGACUUUUCUACAGUAAUCCUUUUUAGCAGCAAGUCGGUCUAAAUAAGAGCUCUGAUCUGUGAUCAGUUGUUCCGUACUUGAAAAGAUUUUGUUUCUGACUACAAACCCGUACCUGUAGACUCAGAUGCACUAUAAAUAUGACCAAGUUUACAGUUUAAACAUGUUCUUUUCCAACAGUCUCACCGCUUUUGUAGAGCAUUGUGUAGAUUUUAGAUCUGUAUUAAGAAGGCUACGUAUACUACAGGUUAAGAUUGCUCAAAUGAAUCAUAUUCUGGACAGAACAGUAUCACAAAUUCCACUAAAUCUGAUAUAUAAAAACAACUAAUAUUGUAAAAAAAAAAUGUGGUAUAGAAAUCUGUAACACACCCAGUCUGCUGCAAUGUGACAGACUGAACAGUCACCAGAAUUCAUGUGGGCGGCACAGUGGCUAAGUGGGUAGCACAGCAAGAAGGUCCUGGGUUCGAUCCCCAGGUGGGGCAGUCCGGGUCCUUUCUGUGUGGAGUUUGUAUGUUCUCCCCGUGUCUGCAUGGGUUUCCUCCGGGUGCUCCGGUUUCCUCCCACAGUCCAAAAACAUGCAAGUGAGGUGAAUUGGAGACCCUAAAUUGUCCAUGACUGGUUACAUUCAUGACAGCAACAGUAGUUAAUCGAUACACAAGGUUCUUUAGUUCACGAGGUUAUAUCAAACACAAAGAGUGUAAAACAUGAUGUUAAAACCCUAAUAAACAAACCAGAAUUCAUGUGACUUUUAGGUUAGUCUAACUCCACAUUUCUUGCCUGUGGAAAUUAGUGGUCAUAUUACUUUAAACCAUGUCAUUAAUGCAGAACAAACAGUGUGGUGGGUUCCUAAACACGCAAAGUACUACAAAAAAAAAGACAAAAAAAAUCAGGUCCACUGUGUGCUUUUCAUAAAAAAAUCGAGUUCAUUUGCAACUAUUUAAGAAUUUUAGUUUUUUAAGUAUAUGAGAUAAUAAUAUUAUAUUUCCGCUUACCAGAAAGGAAAAAAAGAUUAGAAUUGUAUUGUAACGGUUAGGAUUUUCAUCUAUUUACCCACAGCUAUUUAUUUUUGAAGCUGAUAUUUUUCAGUCACAUUUUUUUUACUUCUGUUUACUUUCCACUCAGGUGGAGCAGCAGUAUAUUAUGUUAGCCCACUACUGCAGGGAUUCAAUAUGCAAAAAAACUAGAACAUGGAAACAAAAUUUCCAUAAUAAAUUUUAUAACAGUUACAUAGUCUUUGUUAUGCAUACAGGUCAGUUUAAGCAUGUAAUUUUGUUAGAUUACUGUUGAUUUAGGCUACAUUUAAAAUGCAGCGUGAAUAACCUAAAAACCAAAAUCUGAUAAGAGCAGAACACUCAAACAUGUAAAGCUGUGCACAUCAACUUGCAAUGGAAUUGUUUUUGAAUAGGCUCAGGAAUUUCUAUUUGUUACAUUUUAAUUGUUUAUAGGUGUAUUUUAUUACAAACAUUUGUCAUUCUGUAUCAUUUUACUGUUGUUAAUGCUGCAAAUAAAAAUAAUAAAACACU